AUGGCCAAGCAACCCUCAACCCUCAGCCAGGUCCUCCCCCUCCUUAUUGUCUUCGCCCUCCUGGGCGUCGGCGGUUGGGUCGGCUACCAGGUCUACAUCAGCGUCGCCAAGAUGCAGGACGCUGCGUCGGAACGCAUGGGCAAGAAGAACGUCGUCUUCACAAAGGACGGCGUCAAGGUCGGGGUCAAGCAGAUCAAGACGGAGAACUACGUCGACGCCACCCAGAGCUGGGUCGUCAAGGCCUGGAAUCUGGGCACCACCAAGGACGAUCAGAGUAAGAAGCAAAAGUGA